UUCAGUCCCAGGAGUACCUGGAUCACGGUGGUAGAAAUACGCGACACGACAGAAAAGAUUGAUCUUGACAUUAAAUAGGCAUAUAUGCUUGUAUGAAAAUAAAAAUCAAACAAACAAACUGACAAGGAGUCUUUUUUUCCAGUCAAGUCUCUGAAAUGGAAAACACAAACCUUGUGAAGAAGGAGUUUGUAAGUGUAUGGGUACGAGAUCCUCAGGUACACAAGGAGGAUUUCUGGCACACGUACAUCACCUAUGAGAUCUGCCUUCAUACCAAUAGUAUGUGUUUCCGGAAGAAGACCUCUUGUGUGAGGAGGAGGUAUAGUGAGUUUGUUUGGCUGCGUCAAAAACUACAGAACAAUGCUGUGCUUAUAGAGUUACCUAAACUCCCUCCCGGGAAUCCUUUCUUCAAUCUCAGUAGUGAUUUCCAGAUCACUCAGCGGAUGCAGGGGCUGCAACAGUUUCUUGAGGCAGUUCUACAGACACCGUUAUUGCUGUCAGACAGUCGACUGCACCUGUUCUUGCAGUCACAGCUGAGCAUUGCAAAAAUGGAUGCGUGUGCACAGGGACAGACGCAUUACACGGUUGCACAGGCAAUCCAGCGAUGUGUCGGGUAUACCCGUUUCCCUGUGGAGGAACAGCAUCAAGAAGACAGCAAAACAUGCUGUGACUCAGACUGUGAAAGUACAACAUCCUCUAGCUUGGGCAAUAGUCUAGGACGUGCCACACCUGUUGAAGAAGACUCUUCCUAUAAUGAAAGCUUUUCCCAUGAAUUUCAAGUCACAACCCCUGAGGCAGAACUCUGUAGCAGCCCGUCUUCAUCUCCUAGCAACCAGUAACAUGUGCACUCUCUUAUAUGAACUCAAGAGAUAUAUACAUCCACAUCCACGCAUACUCUGUCAAAGAGAGUUGCUGGCCAGUUGCUGCUUCGAGCCUCCAGAGUUAUAUUUGGAUGGAUAUUGAAACAAAAAAGGUCUUGAUUAUUGUUUUAUUACAUGUUGUGCUGGUGUCCAUGAUGUUUUGAUGUUUUUUUUUUUUUAGAUAUCUUUAUUAAAUUUUUGUGGUUAUAUUAAAUAAUCCUCCUUUACUGAAGGGCUGACCUGGAAAGAAAAAAAAGCUAGUGAAAUACAAUGUGAGUGUUUUUCUUGAUGCUGUCAUUCAGGGAACACUGGGUUUAAUGUGUGCCUGACAAAGAAGCUUUUUAAAACACUUCAUCUGUAUAGACAUGCUUUUGUUUAACAGAUUUUAAAAAAAGUAAACUGGCAGUUUAUUACUUUAAAUGUUUCUUAAAAAUUCUUAUCAUAUUAGCAUUCCUUAAAAAUGAGCGUUGAGGACUGUAAAUUUGUGAGGAUGUUUUUUUAAGUACAUUUUUAUUGUGAUUUGGUGU